CUGUUUAUCUGGAAAAAGCAACAUGAAUUGUGCCUGCUCAAGGAGGUUACAUGUGUAGAACCAUAUGCCAAAAAGCAAAGUGACAGAGUUGCAGCAUGGAGAACUAUUGCCAGCAAUCCCAAUGGCAACAAGCAAGGGGGAUUCAAGGUUACAGAAAGAUCCUGUAGAGAUCGGUUCAAAAGAAUCAUGGAAGAAUUUGAAAAUAAGGAGCAAGUAGAAAAAAAGGCCUCUGGCAUAGAUGCUGAGUAUGACGAGCUGGACCAGUUGUGCCAAGAAAUAAAGGAGCGAAUGGAGGAAGUUAGUAGCCAGGAGGAAGCAGAAAGUGCAAAGAAAAAAUCACAGUCAGAAAAAGCAGCAAGCAUGAGGCAGAUGGCAAUGGAAACUGCUGCAGAAACCAAGAAAAGGAAGAGCACAGGGGGAGCCCAGCCUCCACGCAGACGAGGUGCAGAUACAAUGCAAUUUUUGCAAGAAAGCCACCAG